UGGGAACCGGAGUCAGAUGACCAGACAUGGUGUCAUUCUGCAAGCAAUCCCAGCAGUUACAUUUGAGAAGUCUCUUAGAGAGCGUGCAUUUUGUGUAUUCUGUCUUGGACCCAGCAACAAGACCCAUUCACCACACACAUGCCUUGCUCUAAUGAGGCAGAUUCGGUCAACUUGAAGAGCUUCCUUUCAGCAGUAAGACUAGCUCACCAAGGCAAUGAAAUCAGAACUCUGCCACUGUCUAUUCUGACACCAGCAAAAACAUCUGAGAUUGAAAAGCCAAAAAUCAGAAUGAUCAUCACAUCCAAAAAAGAUUAUCCUCUGGCAACAAAUUUUCCAUAUUCCCUUGAACACCUACAGGUCUCUUACUGCAAACUUGCUCGUGUGGAUAUGAGAAUGCUAUGUCUCAAAAAACUGCGAAAACUUGAUCUGAGUCACAAUCAUAUCAAAAAACUUCCUUCCACAAUUGGGGAUCUUUUAUACCUUCAGGAACUGAAUUUGCAUGACAACCAGUUGGAAUCCUUCAGUACCGCCCUCUGUAGCUCAACAUUACAGAAAUCUCUACAGUUUUUGGACCUUAGCCAGAACAAAAUCAGAGCAUUGCCAAUUCAGUUUUGCAGCCUCCAAGAACUUGUCCAUCUUAAGCUUGAUGACAAUGAGUUGAUUAGACUGCCUUUCAAGCUUGGACAGUUUAAGAAGUUGCGCUUCUUGUCAGCAGCACGCAACAAGUUACCGUUUUUGCCCUGUGAAUUUAAACUGUUGCAUCUUGAGAAUUUAGACUUGUUUGGCAAUUCAUUUGAACAGCCCAGUCCUUUGACUCCUAAUAUUCAGCUGAAGGUGCCACUAACUUUGCUUGAAACUGCAUCAAGAUUGGUGGUCAACAGCAAGUUUUCUUAUGGGCCACAUCUUCUGCCAGCUCAUCUUUGUCAAGAUUUGGACACUGCAAAGUUGUGUCAGUGCGGGCAAUCUUGUGUAAACUCUUUCAUUCAGACUACAGUAACUAUGAAUCUCCACCAUGUGUCUCAUACAGUGGUUCUUGUAGAUAACAUGGGUGGCACAGAAGCUCCUGUCCAGAGUUAUUUCUGUUCUUUGCUAUGUUACUCUGAAUUUCUGGACAGGUAUCUGCAAAGUAAUAGAUAAUGUGUCACUGUCCUUCAUGGUACUGCUUGAGCUCUACAGCUCUCUCAAUACACUUAAGACUGGCAGAGUUUUUCCAUAAUCAGUUAUGAGUAAACAUACUUGCCUGUUAAGCUGUAGACGUAGUGUAUGCAGCCUGGUCAUAGAGACAGUAGUCUUCUGUCAUGGGAAUCUCUUAGCCACUUGAAGAAAGUCGAUGCACUUAAAUUCUUGGAGAGCAAGACUAUUUUACAAAAGUGGUUGCAAUUUCUGCCUUGGAAGUUUAUCUUUCAAAAGUAGUAACGCUGAUCCUUUUUCUUUCAGAAUUUGCCUAACUAAAAAAGGCUCCAGAUUUUUACUUCCAAUGAUUGGUCCCUGUUUUUGGAAUUCUUUAAAUGUAAAAUGUAAUUGCUCUUGAAUAUUGGGUAUGGCCACUUGUCGUCUUAUUUCUCAGUUAGUGUUUUUCUUGAAGCCCAUGCCUGGGUUUUAUGUUGUAAAAUAUGUUUUAUUGCAAAACAUGCUAUUAGUGCCUUAUUA